AUGUCUCAAGUUCAACAAAUGCAACAAUACCAAGCACUCCAACAAAUCAUGCAACGCAACUCGUUUGAACAACUCCAAUCGCAACCGCCAACUUCCCAACCGCAACCCCCGGUUCAACUUGACGAUGAUGAUGAAGAAGUCGUCCCCGAAUCGCCACCGCAAGAGCUCAAGCGCAAAAAAAAAAACAAGGGGAAGGGGAAGAAGGUUGAAAACGUACCCGAAACCGUGCCAAAAAGCGGUUCGAGAGCAAAUGCGAGACCUUGGACGAAAGUAGAGGAGGAGGCGCCAGCAAUGGCGUUUGUUAAGUCCUCUACUUGCCCGAUAGUCGGAAACAACCAAACGGGUAGUAGCUUUUGGAAGGCGACAACGGAUAGAUUUAACACGAUUAUGGAGCAUGGCCUGGCUCGUGAUGUCGAAUCCGUCUCGGGCAAGUGGCGUAAAAUGAGCAAGACCAUCAAUAACUUUAACGGGAUUUAUAACCAAAUUUACACUUGUCCUCCUAGCGGGAGUAAUGACGAGGACAUUCUUAACCUUGAUAUCGCUAAGUGGGACUCUCAAAAUUCAACGCCUUUCCCGCACUUCCGAGCAUGGAACGUUGUAAAGAAAUAA